AUGUCGUCUCUCAAACGAAAAGAACCUCCCACCUCAGCCAGCCAACCGAAAAGAAAUGGCAGUCUCACUUCCUUCUUCGGUCCUCCGAAAACCACUGCCUCAGGUGGAAAUCCCGGGUCACUGACCACAAGCGCAGCCGACAAUGCAGCAGCUCCGCCCCCAUCGAAGUUCGACAAGGAGAAAUGGGUAGCCAGCCUGAGCGAGGAGCAGAGGAAACUACUCAAGCUGGAGAUUGAUACCCUUGACCCUAGCUGGCUGGGGCAAUUGAAAGAAGAAGUUACAUCGCCCAGCUUUCUGGAGCUGAAGCGGUUCUUGCAAAAGGAGAUUGAUUCCAAGCAGACCAUCUAUCCGCCGCUUGAGGACGUGUACAGCUGGUCUCGUCACUGUCCCUUGCACAAGGUCCGCGUGGUGAUUCUCGGACAAGACCCCUACCAUGGUCACAACCAAGCACAUGGCCUCUGCUUCUCAGUUCGCCCACCUACGCCUGCUCCGCCUUCCCUCAAGAACAUAUACAUAGCCAUCAAGAAAGAAUAUCCUAGCUUUAGCCCACCACCCAAGAACUCUGGUCUGCUCACACCCUGGGCUGACCAGGGAGUGCUUCUGCUCAACACCUGCUUGACUGUGCGUGCAGGGCAGGCCAACUCGCACGCCAACCACGGCUGGGAGAAGUUUACGCAGAAAGUCAUCGACACGGUGGUCAAGGUGCGGACUCGUGGCGUCGUGUUCCUCGCCUGGGGCUCACCGGCCCAGAAACGGUGCGAGAAGAUCACAGGAGGGCGACAUUUGGUCCUCAAGAGCGUGCAUCCGUCUCCUCUAAGCGCUCACCGGGGUUUUUUCGAUUGUGGCCACUUUACGAAAGCGAACGAGUGGUUGCAAUCACGGUACGGACCUGAAGGGGUGAUUGAUUGGAAUCUGAAUGUUCAGCACCCGAUCAAAGCGCCACCAGUCCAGGCUCCUGUCAAGGUCAUGGCCAGUCAGGACAGGACUCCGGAAGAGGACGGCCCCGUGACGGAGCUGCCGGAGAAGAAAAUCGGCAAGCCGAUUGUGCAGCAGGACGAGUUCGACGGCGAGGACGAUGAAGAUGCCAUUGCUGCGUUGGAGGAGAUUGCCAAGCAAGAGGAUGAUGCGAAGAAAAAGGCGAAGUCGAAAGUCGACGAAACGGACAAGAUUGGUGAGCAUGAAGCCGAGAAGACCGACUAG